CCGCGCCGGGCGGCCCGCAGGGCGCCGACAAUGAGGCUCCAUAAAAGGGAGCGGCGGGGGGCUGGGGCCCCGGAUUGAGCCCUCCCCGCCCGGGGUCCCGGCGAUCCUGGUCUCGGGGAGGCCCGGACGCGGCCGUCGCAGGCCGGCGGGCGGCGGGGAGGGGGCGGCGGCGGCCUGCGGAGCCCGGUCGCGGCGGCCCCGGCCGCACCAUGGCCCUGAAGGCCGAAGGCGCCGCGCUCGACUGCUUCGAGGUGACGCUCAAAUGCGAGGAAGCGGAGGACGAGGACGAGGCCGUGGUGGUGGCCGUGAUCCCGCGGCCCGAGCCGAUGCUCAGAGUGGCUCAGCAGGAGAAGACCCAGCCGCCCAGGCCCAGCCUCCUGGAGGCAGGCGGCCAUAGCUGUGAGGAGCCCAAGCUGCAGAUGACUUGGGAGCAGGAGUUCCUGGUGGGGAACAGCCCGGAAGGCAGCGGGCGGGCGCUGUGCAUGGUGUGUGGGGCCGAGAUCCAGUUCCCCUCGGCGGACACGGCGCGCGCGCACAUCCUGGAGCAGCACCCUCACACCCUGGACCUGAGCCCUUCUGAGAAGAGCAACAUCCUGGAGGCCUGGAGCGAGGGGGUGGCCCUGUUGCAAGAUGUCAGAGCUGAGCAGCCAUCCCCACCCAGCUCAGACUCGGCCCAGGACGUCAGUGCAGAUCCUGACUCUGCCCCAGACCCUGCCAGAAUGCCAGCAGAGAUUGUCGUUCUUCUGGACUCUGAGGACAACACAGUCCUCCCGAGAAGGACCCGGCCCAGGGGACUCCGCCCCCUUGAGCUUCCAGUUGCCCCUGCCAUAGAGCCAGGAAAUAAGAAGCCUCGUAGUCAGAGAUGGAAGGAGCCCCCGGAGGAAGAGCCGGUCAGAAAGAAGAAAGGCAGAUCCAUGACCAAAAACCCGGACCCGGACCCGGACCCGGACCCGGACUCUGACUCAGACCCCUUGUCGCCCGACUCGCCCAUGGAGGCCUUCACAGCGCCCCCCGAGGUCCGACACUUCACGGAUGGCAGCUUCCCUCCCGGCUUCGUCCUGCAGCUCUUUUCCCACCCCCACCUAAGGGCCUUGGACGGCAAGGGCGCACCCAGGGAGGGGCGCGCGGCUGAAGGAGGCCUCCCCCCAUUGGAGAGCCCCUCUCCAGGUCCCCCUUCGGGCCUUCGCGGGACGCUGGAUCUCCAGGUGAUCCGGGUGAUGGAGGCGUCCCCGGCAGUCAGCCUCCUGCAAGACUGGUCCAAGCAUCCCCAGGGCACCAAGGGUGUGGGAGCAGGUGACACCCCAGACCGCCGCGGUUUUGUUGGAAUCAGCACCACUGGGGGCGGCGAGAGGCAGGGAGUGGUGUAUAGGUUCCUGCUUUCCCGGGGACAGGACGGGGUGGAGGAGGCCGUGUCCCCUUUCGGCUUCCGCUCCCGCUCCGCCACCUGAUGAAGAGCGCCAAGGCAGGGCGGAGGCGGGGAGGGGCAGCAUCCACUGUUGGUCGAGGGGGCCGUGGCUGAGGCUGGUAGUGGUAGGGCACUGGGCCUGUGGAGAACCCCACCCGAUCCUUUUGCUGACCCAGACCUCUGUCCCCGCCGCCGCCCACCCUCUCGCCGCUCACCAUUCUCCUUUGGCGCAGUGCCUUACACCAGAAGGAGGAGGCCACCGCGGGGUUUGAGCUGAGUCCCACUACCUCGGAGGACGCCCCUCCUCCCCGUUCAGGCCCCUAAGCCAGGAGGCCUCCAUUACCUCUUCCCCUCCGCCCCUGCAGGAGGCCCAGCAGCCCCCCUGGGGCUUCAUUCACUCCCACUUCUUUUCUCCUGUUUUCCGGUUGUAUAUAAAUCUCCUUGUUGACAAUAAAUUAUUUUUUUUUAUUAAGAGA